AUAUUGCAAGAUUGUGAAGAGUGAGAAGCAGAUAGUCGUUUUCAUUAAAGGACUACAGCUUUAGAUUUAUUACACGACUUCAAUUCAAAGCAUCCAACUGUGAUUAAGUUCUAAGGUCUGUCUCACUGAUCAAACUCUCCCGUGAAACAUAGCAACACGGCCAUCUUUAUUUUAUUUACAUCAUGGCGGACGUUCAAUAACAACAGAAAAAGACAAUAUGCCAUCAGUGGUUGAAGUAAGUCAGCCAGUGGCUGUGACAGCAGCCCCACAGCCUGUAAAACAGUAUGUGCCUCAAAUGCCACUAUUUACAACAAUGGAAAAGACAAAUUAUCAUGGAAUUGAAGUGAUUAAUGAAAUUGUUUGGCAAGGAUGGGAGCCUGGGAGAGAGUACACAAAGAACAUUGUCUUAAAGAAUGUGAAUGUGAAAACACAGAAAAUAAAGUACAAGGUACCAAGCACAAGAUUUUUCUCAACAUUAUAUCCUAAACCUGUUGUGCUUAGUGCUGGAACCAGUUUUUCACUGCCCGUUACAUUCAGACCACUGGAAAAAGUUGUUUAUACUGACAAAAUAGAAUUUCAUUUGAAAGAUGGGUCAUUUGAACUUCCAAUCAGAGCUGUCCUACCACAGGUGGACAUUUCAGUGCCUGAGUUCUUGGACUUUAACAUGUGUGCUGCUAAAGAUGUGGUUCAUACCACAUUUGAAGUCAAGAAUACUGGGGACCUGGAAACAAAGAUUGAAUGGGAAAUGAAAGCACCAUUUACUGUAGAGCCUAGUGCUGCAAUCCUUAAAUCUGGAUCAAUUAGACAAUUUAAAGCAACAUUUACUCCAAUCACUGCCUGUGUUUAUCAAGGCGAGGCAGCGUGUAAAUAUGGACCAGAUCUUAUGUAUGGAAAAAUUACAAAACUGGAAGGCAUAGGUAAAUACCCUCACAUUUUGGUAUCCUCCCCUGGCAGCCCUUCCAACAGUCUGGACUCUACAAAUCAUGAAGCAGAAAUCAAGUUUUCUCAAACUCCUGUUGGUUCCACCAUACAGAAAUGGGUGGAGCUCCACAAUCUCGCUCCUGUUCGUGCUCCAUACAAGAUACAGCACCCUUCCAAGAUGAGUCGCAUUGACACAGUGUUUGAUUGCCCACAAAAAGAAGGCAUUGUUCCACCAAUGAGUUCAGUUCGAAUUCCAGUCACUUACACUCCAAAUACAGUAGAUACUAAAUCUACAGACUACUUCAAUGUUGUUGCUAUUGGAAAUAUCAGUAAAGCAGUCAUUAAAUGUGUUGGGUCUUCAAAAGGUCCUACUGUACACCUUGGAGCGAAGAGUGUCAAUUUCAUGCAGAUAGAUUUGGGAGCUGUGGCUACUAGGACAGUGGAUAUUGUCAACAAUUCAGCUGUAGAGGCCACGUUUCAGUUCAUGCUGGAUUGUAAUGAGAGUGUGUUUAAACUUGAGAAGACCUCAGGAGUGGUACGACCCAAUACCACAAUGACAGUAGUGAUGAAAUUUGUCCCCCAGCAUCCCAUCAACUACCACAGGAGGGUCACAUGUAUGGUUCACAAUCAGGGUCCUUUGUUCUUGGAUAUGCUUGGAACAUGUCAUUCAGAGCUGAUCAAACCGGCUGUUCUCUUGGCUAAACAUCUAGACAAGUAUAAAUGUCAUGUGGAAAGAGGGCUUUCUCUUUAUCCACCAGAGCAACUGAAUGAAAACGUGAAGACAGGAAAGAUAGAAUUGGAUGAUGCUGGUUGCCUUAUGAUUCCUGAUAAAUCUGAAACAGGAACGGAUUCCAGUCUGCCAGUUGUUCCUCCAAUGGAUGAGUACUUCAAUGAUGGCUUCCAUUGUGACAUCAAUAAUUCUGUUCCACAUGUCAGCAUAGAUACCAACAUUGCAGACUUUGGACACUGUUCUAAUCUAAGAGUCAUAGAAGACAAGAUUAUCAAUGUGACAAAUCACACCUAUGGAAAGGUAACGAUUCAAUGGAAUUGUGGGAAUGAUAGGACAUUCUCCAUUAUGCCAUCUACCAUGGACAUCCCUCCUCUAAAGUCAUGUGCUUUCCAAGUCACUUUCAAACCUACUGUCCCUAACCAGUUCUAUGGAGCAGAAUUGGAAUGUUUUGCCUAUUACAAGAGUUUGCGAGAUUAUCGCCUGGUAGAGGACAACACUCACAGUCCCCCUUGGUGCCUCACACUCACCUGUACAGGUCAGACAUUCCAAGCGAACAAUGAGACCUUCCUGCCUCGUCUGACCUUUGACACGUCACAUCUUGUUUUCCCCGCUGUAAACACCAAGGAGUCAACCUACAGGACAAUUCUGUUGACUAACAAUGGCACAACUCCCAUAAUGUUCGAUGUCCUGAAAGACCCAACAAACACAUUUACAGUGAAGCCAUCUAAAGCUUUGCUGAAAGGUCAACAGCAGAUCUUUGUAGUCAAGAUAACUCCCAGUGAAGUGAAGCACUAUAAACAUGACCUGACUUUUAGACUCAAUGACGAUGAAAAGUACAACAGGUGUGUUGAGUUAUGGGGUUCAGCAGAAUCUCCGGAAGUUGUGCUAGAUACUGAUGGAGUGAUGUACUUCAGACAGACCUGUAUUGGUACUGCCACCACUAAAGACUACACCAUCAAAAACGUCUCUAGGAUACCACUCAGAUUUGAAUGGAAAAUGGUUUACAAAGAUAAGCAGCUUCUCUCUGUCACUCCAUCUUCAGGCCUCAUUCAGCCCAAUGAGACACAGGCCCACACUUGGUCAUUUGUACCUGCUGCUGAAGAAAAGUAUGUCAUGAAGCCCUGUCUAAUUGUCUGGGGUCAGGGAUUCCACAGUUCAUCAUCAGGGGGCAAGAAGAAACAAUUCACAGUCCGGGCCAUCGGUGAGGGGUCCCUUGGAGACAUUAAGGCUGACAACACAUACCUGGACUUUGGUGAUGUGGUGGUGGGUAGCUCAACGUCUAAGAUGAUCAGCAUUGUUAACAACAGUACCUGUAGUUUGCACUACAGUCUGAUAGUAGACCAGGCAAUGGAUGGGCCAUACCCAGAGGAAAUCACCAGGGAUGAUAAACUAGCCCUGGUUCUGGAUAGAACAGAGGGAGUGCUGCCUGCUAGAUCUCGACACAAAAUUCUGGCCACAGUCAAACCAAUCCGGAGGGUUAAUUAUCAGUUUGCCGUUUCCUACAAGCUCAUCACCCCCAUGGGUCAAGAGGUCAGUUCCAAGGCACAGGAGCCCCAACACUUGUGUCAUGUCCUGACCACAGGUGUGUUCCCUGUAAUGGCAGUCUCUGAUGCUCGGUGCUAUGGCAGCGCAGUAGGCAUCAGCAAAAAGCAACUCUGGGCUCUCUUCUCACUUGACAAUAUGAAUUUGUGCUUGGACUCGGACCCUUCUGCAGAAGAAAUUCGAUACAGUGUAGCAACAAGACAUAGCCAUGCUAGAAGGCCCCCAGUGUAUACAAGAGCCAUCAUGGACUUUAACUUCAGUGCUGCUCCACUAGACAGUGAACCUUGCAUUGUGAACCUCAUGUUCGAAAACACUGGAACAGUUGCCACAGAAUGGUCCUUCCUAUUCCCUACGGACCUUCAGCUAGAGUUGGAAUACUGGGCAGAAACUGGAGAAUUUGAUGAAGAUGAAUUGCAUGAGAUGAAGGUGAUGGACAACAAGCUGUUCUCCAUUGAGCCUCAGCAAGGGAAGCUGGAACCGGGUGAGUGCAGGACAGUGAGCUUCACGUACAGACACACUAUGGCAGGGACUGACCGACUGCCUGUUCUGCUUAAACUGGCAAGGGGCAGAGAAAUCCUGUUGAAUUUCAUUGGUGUGACUGUGGAACCUGAGAGGAAGUACAUUCAUUUCCCAUCCAACAAACACAUGUUUACACCUGUUGCUGUUGGUGAAAAAGUUAGUCCUAAACAGGUGUAUGAGCUUUAUAAUGGUGGAGCCUCACCUGUCAAGUUCAACUUUGACCUUGCACCUCUGGAGCUUUUGCGAAAGGAGAACUUUGACCAGCCAGUAUUUGAGUGUUUAACACCUGUAGGAGAAAUUCCUCCAGGAAGAUCCUUCUGUGUCGAAUGGAGAUUCUCUCCAAUUGAAGCCAAAACAUACAUGAUUGAUGUUCCUGUUCACGUUCAUAAUGGGGACACGGCCAUUGUGACAUUUACUGGGGUUGGCUUUGACAGAAGAGUUAUGGGAGACACGAUGCCCAUUACAGACCAGCAGGAUCUGACGGGGGUCCCAGGGGUCCAGAGUGUCUCUGUACCAGGACAGCUGAUGUACCUGUCACAAGAGAGACUUUCCUUCGGAAAUCUGCCUUUGUUCAGUCGAGCCAGAAGAAUGGUGUUUGUUACCAACAGAGCUAAGGAUCGAGAUGUCUCAUUCGAAUGGCAUGUCACAUCACAAGCUGAUGCUCAGUUCAUUGAGGAUUAUCUGUCGAUAUCUCCAAUUCGUGGAAGAUUGUCCCCUGGAGAAAGUCGAAUGUGCCGUGUGGUGUUUAGUGCCUGUGGAGUCCCAUCCUUCUACGACCUGGAUCUGGUUUGUGAAACUACAGAUGAACUGGAGAUGGAUAAAUACAAGAUGGAAUUGGCUGCAUGGGAAAAGGAGAAAUACAGACAGAAAUAUGAGUUUUGUGUCACAGAGAAUGACCUGGAUGCUGACAAGAGGCUCACGGACGAUGUAGAAAUUGUGGAACGUCCUUCAAGCCAUCUUAGGUCACUGGAAGAGAAAAAGAUUGAAGCAGAGGGAGAACUUACAAAAUAUAAGACCCUCCCACCAAUAAAGCAACUGUCUCCAGAUGAGAGGAAAGCUCUGGACUCCAGGAAGAAGAGGAAGGAGAAUGAAUUAUGGGAAAAACCGUCGCCUCCCGUACCCUUCCUUCUACAUUUGGGACUGACCGCCAGGACUCAUGACAUCAGGGAAUUCCAGGCCACAUUCCCGGAAGAGUACAGAGACUUCUUCAUUGACAGGUCAUUAAGUGAGAGAGUAAGCAAGAGUGCUGGUCGGAAGCAGGCCCUGGCUGCAAGCACCUCUAACAUCAUACCCUGUAGUACUGGGGAGGCUGAUGUUGUAUCUGGGGUACUGGGCAAUGUUCUGAGAGGUCUUUUAGAUGACACAUACUUCCAUGAGGCAGUGAAAAAAGUGAUCAAUGAUGAAGUUCCAUAUUAUACACAAAUUGGAGAGAGACCUACCACUGCCCCACCCAUAGAGAUGAGGGCAGGGCCAAGCGGGAAGACCAAGUCUGUCCAGGAGGACACCCCGAGGGAGGAGCUCAGCAGAGUGUCAUCUGCCACACUUCCUGUUUCUCCAGAAGCCACGCCUCCUUCAUCUGCCGGCAGUAAGAAGAGUCAGAAAAGUGAAAAGAAGAAGUUAAGAAAGACUAAGACACCCCCACGACACACAAUGGAAGAGGUGGAGAGAGUGAAGAAAGAGGAAUCCAAAAUAAAGGAAAAACAAAAUCUCAAGAAGAUACCCGAGUUUGGCAAUUCUGCAGAAUCAAUAAUCGAGAACACGCUGCUUAAUAUUGUAACAGAGGCCCUGUCAGAAGAAUUUAGUAUUACUGCACGGCCCAGAUUUAUCGCAUUACCCAAGAGAACAGCAUCAGCCAAAAGCAGACAGUCAAAUAAUGCGAAGAAAAACUGAGACCUUUAAUUGUUCAGCAGGAUCUUUUCACUGUGGAUAAAGUUUGCACUGUUGAUCUGUGAUAUUGUCUUGGUACUGUACAUUGAUUGACUUUCUGAUGGAGGAAAAAUGUUUUGGAGUGAAAGAAGAACAUUAAAUUAUAUAUAUUCGUUUAUCUGGAAGAUUUUAUCAAAUAUUUGUUUAUAAACAAGUGAAUGCAGACUCCUGAUAUUUUGUUAAGAUUAGUGAAGCAUUUCCAUGUAGAAUGUGAUAUUUUUUAUACUGAAAAUUUGUUGUAAAGUUGUUGAAGUAUUCCCUGUGUAUCUCUGUGACCGCUACUCCGUCCAUUUGCAAUUUGUACAAUAUUUCAAUAAACAUGUGAUACCAAUA